UUGCCUCAGCAGGCGUGGUGUGCUUCAGUGUCUUGAGAGGCUUGGGUGUCCCGGUAGGAAGGGUGAAAGGUUGUAACUACUCCUUUGAGGGUGAUCACCGAGGUCGUGGGUUUGCACUGUCGGCUGGGCAGCGCCAUGGCGGAAAGAAAGGGAACAGCCAAAGUGGACUUCUUGAAGAAGAUUGAGAAAGAAAUCCAACAGAAAUGGGACACCGAGAAAGUAUUUGAGGUCAAUGCAUCUAAUUCAGAGAAGCAGACUAGCAAGGGCAAGUACUUUGUCACCUUCCCAUAUCCAUACAUGAACGGGCGCCUUCAUUUGGGACACACAUUUUCUUUAUCGAAAUGUGAGUUUGCAGUAGGGUACCAGAGAUUGAAAGGAAACAUUUGUCUGUUCCCCUUUGGUUUACACUGUACUGGAAUGCCUAUUAAGGCCUGUGCUGAUAAGUUGAAAAGAGAAAUAGAGCUCUAUGGUUGCCCCCCUGAUUUUCCAGAUGAAGAAGAGGAAGAGGAAGAAGUCAAUGCUAAAACAGAAGAUGCAAUAAUUAAGGAUAAAGCUAAAGGAAAAAAGAGUAAAGCUGCUGCUAAAGCUGGAUCUUCUAAAUACCAGUGGGGCAUUAUGAAAUCUCUCGGUCUGGCUGAUGAAGAAAUAGCCAAAUUUUCUGAAGCAGAACAUUGGCUUGAUUAUUUCCCACCACUGGCUAUUCAAGAUCUGAAGAGAAUGGGUUUGAAGGUAGACUGGCGUCGUUCCUUCAUCACCACUGAUGUUAAUCCUUACUAUGAUUCGUUUGUCAGGUGGCAGUUUUUAACAUUAAGAGAAAGAAACAGAAUUAAAUUUGGAAAACGGUAUACCAUUUAUUCUCCAAAAGAUGGACAGCCUUGUAUGGAUCAUGACAGACAAACUGGAGAGGGUGUUGGACCUCAGGAAUAUACUUUAAUCAAGUUGAAAGUGCUUGAGCCAUACCCAUCCAAAUUAAGUGGCCUGAAAGGGAAAAAUAUCUUUUUGGUAGCUGCUACUCUCAGACCUGAGACCAUGUUUGGACAGACAAACUGUUGGGUUCGCCCUGAUAUGAAGUACAUUGGGUUUGAGACAAAGAAUGGUGAUAUAUUCAUUUGCGCCCAAAGAGCUGCCAGGAAUAUGUCAUUCCAGGGCUUUACCAAAGACAGUGGCGUGGUGCCUGUUGUUAAGGAAUUAAUGGGAGAGGAAAUUCUUGGAGCAUCACUUUCUGCACCUUUAACAUCUUACAAGGUGAUCUAUGUUCUCCCAAUGCUCACCAUUAAGGAGGAUAAAGGCACUGGUGUGGUCACAAGUGUUCCUUCUGACUCCCCCGAUGAUUUUGCUGCUCUCAGAGACUUGAAGAAAAAGCAGGCUUUACGAGCAAAGUAUGGAAUUAGAGAUGACAUGGUCUUGCCAUUUGAGCCAGUGCCAGUCAUUGAAAUCCCAGGUUUUGGAAAUCUUUCUGCUGUGACCAUUUGUGAUGAGUUGAAAGUUCAGAGCCAGAAUGACCGAGAAAAACUUGCAGAAGCAAAAGAGAAAUUAUAUCUAAAAGGGUUUUAUGAUGGUGUAAUGUUGGUGGAUGGAUUUAAAGGACAGAAGGUCCAAGAUGUAAAGAAGACUAUUCAGAAAAAGAUGAUUGACACUGGGGAUGCAUUUAUUUACAUGGAACCAGAGAAACAAGUUAUGUCCAGGUCUUCAGAUGAAUGCGUCGUGGCCCUGUGUGACCAGUGGUACUUGGAUUAUGGAGAAGAGAACUGGAAAAAGCAGACAUCCCAGUGCUUGAAGAACCUGGAAACAUUCGGCGAGGAGACCAGGAGGAAUUUUGAAGCUACCUUAGGCUGGCUACAAGAGCAUGCUUGCUCAAGAACUUACGGUUUAGGUACCCGUCUGCCUUGGGAUGAGCAGUGGCUGAUUGAAUCACUCUCUGAUUCCACUAUUUACAUGGCAUUUUACACAGUGGCACACCUGUUGCAGGGGGGUGACUUGCGUGGACAGGCAGAGUCUCCACUGGGCAUCAGACCACAGCAGAUGACCAAGGAAGUUUGGGAUUAUGUUUUCUUCAAGGAAGCUCCAUUUCCUAAGACUCAGGUUCCAAAGGAAAAAUUAGAUCAGCUAAAGCAUGAGUUUGAGUUCUGGUAUCCUGUGGAUCUUAGAGUCUCUGGCAAGGACCUUGUUCCAAAUCAUCUUUCAUAUUAUCUUUAUAAUCAUGUGGCUAUGUGGCCAGAACAAAGUGACAAAUGGCCUGUAGCUGUGAGAGCAAAUGGACAUCUUCUCCUCAACUCUGAGAAGAUGUCAAAAUCCACAGGCAACUUUCUCACUUUGACCCAAGCCAUUGACAAAUUUUCAGCCGAUGGAAUGCGCUUGGCUCUGGCUGAUGCGGGUGACACUGUGGAAGAUGCUAACUUUGUGGAAGCCAUGGCAGAUGCAGGUAUUCUCCGUCUGUACACCUGGGUGGAGUGGGUGAAAGAAAUGGUUGCCAACUGGGACAGCCUACGAAGUGGUCCAGCCAGCACCUUCAAUGAUAAAGUUUUUGCCAGUGAAAUGAAUGCAGGAAUUAUAAAAACAGAUCAAAACUAUGAAAAGAUGAUGUUUAAAGAAGCUUUGAAAACAGGGUUUUUUGAGUUGCAGGCCGCGAAAGAUAAGUACCGUGAACUGGCCAUUGAAGGGAUGCACAGAGACCUCGUGUUCCGAUUCAUUGAAGUUCAGACACUUCUCUUGGCUCCAUUCUGUCCACAUUUGUGUGAGCACAUCUGGACACUCCUGGGAAAGCCUGACUCAGUUAUGCGUGCUUCCUGGCCUGCCGUGGGUCCUGUGGAUGACGUCCUGAUACGUUCCUCGCAGUAUCUCAUGGAGGUCGCACAUGACCUUAGACUGCGACUGAAGAAUUACAUGAUGCCAGCUAAAGGGAAGAAGACUGACACGCUACCACCUCAGAAGCCUUCCCAUUGCACCAUCUAUGUGGCGAAGAACUAUCCAUCCUGGCAACACACCACCCUGUCAGUUCUGCGUCAGCACUUUCAGAACAAUAAUGGAAAAUUGCCUGAUAACAAAAUCCUUGCUACUGAACUAGGCAGUUUGCCAGAAUUGAAGAAAUAUAUGAAGAAAGUGAUGCCAUUUGUUGCCAUGAUUAAGGAAAAUCUGGAGAAGGUGGGACCUCGUGUUCUGGAUUUGCAAUUAGAAUUCGAUGAACAGGCAGUGCUCAUGGAGAAUAUAGUCUACCUGACCAAUUCCCUUGAGCUAGAACACAUAGAAGUCAAGUGUGCCUCUGAAGCAGAAGAUAAAGUCAGGGAAGAAUGCUGUCCUGGGAAACCACUUAAUGUUUUCAGAACAGAACCUGGUGUGUCAGUUUUCAUAGUGAAUCCCCAGCCAUCCAAUGGCCACUUCUCAACCAAAAUUGAAAUCAGGCAAGGAGAUACCCGCGAUUCUAUCAUCAGGCGCUUAAUGAAAGUGGACCGAGGAAUCAAAGAUCUUUCCAAAGUGAAGCUGAUGAGAUUUGAUGAUCCACUGUUGGGGCCGAGGCGAAUUCCUGUCCUGGGAAAAGAGCUGACUGGGAAGACGCCCAUUUCUGAGCAUGCUGUCUUCCACGUGGACCUCGUGAGCAAGAACGUCCAUCUUACUGAAAACGGGCUGCGGGCGGAUAUUGGUGACACAAUGGUCUACCUGGUUCACUGAACUCACGCAGAUGGGAGAUUUGCCCUGUUCUCCGGGGCUACUUCUACUUUGUGCCUACAGAUUGGCUGUGAGACCCUUAGGCUGGGCCUAAAUAGAUUUCAUUUCUAGCCAUCCAAUUCUGCUUGUAACCAUAAUUAUACCAACUCAUUUUUGAUUCCUGGACCUAAUAAAUUUUUUUUCCUUCUUGGGACCUCUAAGAGAAAUAGUUUAUAUUAUACUUAAAAAUAAACAAACAAAAACAAAUUAUUCCUAAUCCCCAGAAGCUUCUAGUCUUUCACAUUAGCACAGAAGUGUCGGCAUCUUUUAUGAGGUGUGCUUCAUACUUAUAAAGGCUAAGGAGUAUUUGACAACUUUUUAUAUUAUAUCAAUUACGGAGUUAGCUGUUUCUUCUUUAAAGAAAAAAAAGUAGGUUUAGCUAGUUUUGCUUUUUAAAGAAAGGAACUCUGAUGAUUAUUUAAAAGAACAAAUAAGAAUAUUUUGACCUGACUGUGACCACUAAGUAUUCUGUGUAAAGAACAAAAAGGUCUUAUAUUUAUAAGAAAUUUUUAGCUUUAAUAUAUUCAGUUUACCACCAAUACUGUUUUUCCAAGGCUAAUGUUAAUAGUUUAUAAGCAGUUUAUUUCAGCUACACUAAAUUUAGGCACUUUUUAAAGGGGGAUAUUUUCCCCCCAGAAAAUUGCAUUUAUCAAAUUUGUCUUGGGUCCAGUUGUGUUUAAAGACCAUGUCAACUGUAUUGCAAAUUUGUUUUUUUUUAUAUUGCUGUAAUGCCUUUCGAUACUGUCUGUGCCAUCUGUCUUCAUAAUGAGGAAGAUUAGGUAUCGACUGGCAGGGGAGAGAAACAUUUUCGUUUCUUGAAGGGUUCAAUAUGGGAAAGACCAGUUCUGAUAACCUAAGGAGCCUGAAUGCUAACUUCCGGGUCAUGUAGAGAUUUUAUUGAGCUGCUUUAUUUUGCUGUGUGCAGUUUGAGAUUUCUGGGCCUAGUUGAAUGCUCUGUCAUAGAUUCAUUAAAGCAAAUGAUAGAGUGUUAGAGCCGACAAAGCCCUUAGCGAUCACGUGCAAACAUCCUCUAUCUGGGCAGGCACUGUAGCAUAGCAGGUAGGAGGAUUGGGGCCGAAGUCAGCUAGCUAGGUUAGAUUCCCGUGCCUUCCAUUUGCCACGUGGGUGAUGUCAGCCAGUUCCUCAGCCCGUUUCUCCACCUAUAAAAUAGAACUAAUAAUGUACCUACUUUCUAGGCUUAUUGAGAGAUGUUGAGAUGAUAACCAUCUAGGAAAAUCAUAUAUACAGUGUAGUGCCUGGCAAGUGGUAAGCUUUCCGUAAUGUCACUGAGAUGGUGAUGAGCUUUCAGUAAGUGCUAGUGAUGAAUAAUGAUAACAACAACUACCCAGGGUGUAUGGCUUAAGGUUACUGUAGGCUAUAACCAUGUCAUUGGUAUUGGUUCCUUUGGGGCAACUGCUUUGUGGUUUGCCCUCCUUUAGAUCCUUUUGCUGCUCCCUCAGUCUGCAUAGCCCAAGUUAUUCCCCAUAUCAAAGUAGGUUUUCCUGGUGCCUAUACAAGCCCACUUAUGUUUAACUGAAGACAAUUGAACUGUGACCUUGGGGGGGAAAAGGAGAAAGGAAAUAAUUGUACUAUUGUGAGUGGCUGUGCCUGCAUUACUAAAUAAGCCUGUGAACCUUGGCUGCCUUGGAUUAAAUGUGAGUUGGGAUUCAUG